UUCACUUCUGGUCUGCUUCCUAGAAAACUCAGAAUACAUGAACAGCCGUGCUUGCAGAGUAGCAGCCUGAAUGGGAGUUAGGGUUGACUAUAAAUUCGCUUUUAAGUGUAUAUUCCGAGAGAACAGUGUUAAACUUGUAUCAGCAUGAUUUUUAGUUUAUUCAGUUCUUUUUGGCUAUAUGUUUAGAAUUUGAGAAACUCCAAGUAGACACAUGGUGCCUGAUGCUCCUCCGAUGGAUAUUAGGAACAGUAUCUGGUGAGCAAUAACAUCGAUGACUACUGUGGGGUAUGGGGACGUGGUUCCUUACUCUGGAACUGGGUCAUAUAUCGGCCUUCUCUGAUCAAUAAUCGGAAUUCAGACAACUGCCUUCUUCUUGAUUUCAUAUCAGCAAUUUCUAGAGUUUGAUAAACCUCAAAAAUUCUCAUAUAAACUUCUUGGAAACAUAAGAAGGUAUGAAGAUGUUAAAAUGAAAGCAAAGAACCAUAUUGUGUCUUAUUACAAAUAUAAAAUUCGAGGGUCCAAAAGAGCAAAAGAAAUCUAUAGGCAUACCCAUUCCAACACAUGAACUUGUGUUAACAUUUGUAGAACAAAGUUUAUUGAGUAUAACAAUUACGCUAGAGAUUUCAAGCUAUUCAGGAUUGCUCGACGGAUUGAUAAAACGAUCAGAAUUCAGUCAAUCACUCCUAUGGAUCUCUUGUUCGAAUAUGUAUGUAAAGCAUAUAAAAACACUGAAUCAGUGAAAGAAAGACUAAAGAUCAUCUGGAUGUUAUGCGACCCUAAACAGUUUUCCAAACAAGCUAUUGCAGAUAUUGAUGCCAAGUUCCAUUUCAGAAAAUCACAGAUGAAUAUUGAGCCUCAAGUAUUCUGCAGUUUUUCUGAGUUCAGCUUGUUGAAAGAUAUACAUAUUAAAAAGUAUUUUCCAAAAGCAAGAUCUCAAGAAAAACUAAGCAUCAAGAAAGAUUAUUCUGAAUUAGAAGAUGCACUAAAUAUUUCCUUUGGGAAGGAAGAAUAAUACAUAGAGAUAUGCUGCGUCAUCUCUGGCUAGGACUACAAAACUCAAUGGCAAAUCUUAGCUAUAAGCUAAUUCUUAUUUAUUAUUUCUUAACGAUG